AUGGAAAAAGAAAAUUUGUUUCUGAAUUGUGGGUCGGAACAGUUUCAGAAUUUUUUCUGUAAUCCCAGCUGGGAAAAUUCAGUGGAACAAAAUGAUCCAUUUGAGUCUGCAUUAAGCUCAAUGGUUUCUUCUCCAGUUGCUUAUGCUACUGCCUCUGGCAACAAUGAUGGAGAGAAUAUUGUGAUAAGAGAACUGAUUGGUAGACUAGGAAGCAUAUGCAAUUCAGGGGAAAUUUCUCCAAGUACUAAUACUUCACGCUAUAGCACCCCGUUGAAUUCUCCUCCAAAGGUUAAUCUGUCAAUGAUGGAUAAUCAAAUCCGGAGGAAUUUGCAAAACUCUGGAAAUAAUUUUCCAAGCUUUGCACCAUUUUCGACCGAUCCAGGAUUCGCGGAAAGGGCUGCAAGAUUUUCUUGUUAUGCUAAACUUGGGUUGAAUAAUGAUUCUGAAUUGCCUCAUAGAUUGGUGCCUCAACUGGAUUCUGGUAAUCUCUCGAGAGUUUCGAGUAAUCAGUCCUUCAAAUUUUCUGGAUCUCCCCCAAUGGGAGUUCAAGAAAACAGGAAUGCCUCACUUCAGGAAGGAAUUUCAGCCUCGUAUAGAAGAUUAGGCAGGUUUUCGAGAUCUUCGACUCCGGAAAAAACAGAAUUUGGGGAUUCCAGGGAGAACUCUUCAGUUUCUGAGCAGAUCCCAGUUGGGGAAAAUGGCUUCAAAGGCCAAAAUAAUUCAAAUUCAAGAAAGAGGAAAUCAGUUCCCAGGGGAAAGGCUAAAGAAAUCCCUGCCAAAGAUGUCAACGUUGCUUCAGAAAACAGUGAAUCAAGUGCAAAAAGAAGCAAGUCAUAUGACGAAAGUUCAAUUGAAAAGGGUAAUACAAUAAAAGCAGAUGCAAGCGAAUCUGAUAAAGUUACUGGAGAUGGAAAUCAGAAACAACCUAAGGAAAAUGCAAAGCCUCCAGAGCCUCCAAAGGACUAUAUUCAUGUUAGGGCUAGAAGGGGACAGGCUACAGAUGCCCAUAGUCUUGCUGAAAGAGUUCGACGAGAGAAGAUUAGUGAAAGGAUGAAAGUCCUACAAGAACUUGUCCCAGGUUGCAAUAAGGUUACUGGAAAAGCUGUAAUGCUUGAUGAGAUUAUAAAUUAUGUCCAGUCUUUACAACGACAAGUUGAGUUCCUUUCGAUGAAAUUGGCUAUUAUUAAUCCAAACAUGGAGUUCAAUGUAGAAGCUCUGAUGUCCAAGGAUAUAUUCGGUUCUCGUGGAUCUUUUCUUCAUAACUUGUAUACAUCAGAUGCCUAUCCUUCCCAAUCUCAACCAGGACAAAACUUGCAUAAUGGCAUUCCUAAUGGAACAGAAAUGCCCUUUCAAAAUGGUCGAAAUCAAAGCAUUCAAAUGCCUACUCUGGACAAUGCUAGUGAACCUGUUUCUCAGGCUUCGACAUUCUGGGAGGAUGAUCUCCAUAGCCUUGUUCAGAUGGGAUUUGGGCAAAAUGAGACACAAAGUUUUCACGCAAUUCUCCCCACAGCUUCGUUAACUAUAUUCAUUUGA